AUGGGUGAGUCAAACGAAGAUAUAGACCAAAUGUUCAGCAAUUUGCUGGGAGAGAUGGAUCUCCUGACCCAGAGUUUAGGAGUCGACACUGUCCCUCCUCCAGAACCUAAACCGCCCAGAGCUGAAUUUAACUACAGUGUGGGGUUUAAGGAUUUAAAUGAGUCCUUAAACGCACUGGAAGACCAAGAUUUAGAUGCUCUCAUGGCGGAUCUGGUAGCAGACAUAAGGGAAGCUGAGCAGAGGACAAUCCAGGCCCAGAAGGAGUCCUCUCAGAGCCGACCUCAUUCAGCAUCUCUGGAUGUACCAAGUUUCAGUGGUGCAGCCUCUCUUGGUUACACAGCAAAUGUUGCUGCACCGAUUAUUAGCCAAUAUGAGGAUGACUUACCUCCUCCACCAGCUGAUCCCAUGUUAGACCUUCCUUUGCCACCACCCGCUCCUGAACCUCUCUCUCAGGAAGAAAAAGAAGCCCAAGCCAAGGCUGAUAAAAUUAAGCUAGCAUUGGAAAAACUGAAGGAGGCCAAGGUCAAGAAGCUCGUUGUCAAGGUGCACAUGAAUGAUAACAGCACGAAGUCACUGAUGGUGGAUGAACGGCAAUUAGCCCGAGAUGUUCUAGACAACCUUUUCGAGAAAACCCAUUGUGACUGCAAUGUGGACUGGUGUCUUUAUGAAAUAUAUCCAGAACUACAAAUCGAAAGGUUUUUUGAAGACCAUGAAAAUGUUGUUGAAGUCUUAUCAGACUGGACAAGAGACACAGAAAAUAAAGUGCUGUUUUUGGAGAAGGAGGAAAAAUAUGCUGUAUUUAAAAACCCCCAGAAUUUUUACUUGGAUAACAGAGGAAAAAAAGAAAGCAAGGAAACAAAUGAGAAAAUGAAUGCGAAGAACAAGGAGUCCUUGCUUGAGGAGAGUUUUUGUGGAACAUCCAUCAUUGUGCCAGAACUAGAGGGAGCUCUUUAUUUGAAAGAAGAUGGGAAGAAAUCCUGGAAAAGGCGCUAUUUUCUUUUACGAGCUUCCGGAAUUUAUUAUGUUCCCAAAGGAAAGACUAAGACAUCUCGAGAUCUGGCAUGUUUUAUACAGUUUGAAAAUGUCAACAUUUACUAUGGGAUUCAGUGUAAAAUGAAAUACAAAGCACCCACUGACUACUGCUUUGUUUUAAAGCAUCCCCAAAUUCAGAAGGAGUCCCAGUAUAUCAAGUAUCUCUGCUGUGAUGACGCAAGAAUGCUAAAUCAGUGGGUUACGGGAAUCAGGAUCGCCAAGUAUGGAAAGACGCUCUAUGAUAGCUAUCAGCGUGCCAUGGCCAGGGCAGGGCUUGCCUCUCGGUGGACAAACCUGGGCACUGUCAACGCAGCCCCACCGGCCCCGUUUUCUACAGGAGUUAAAACAGGCACCACCCAAGCCAAUGGUCAGAUCCCCCAGGCAGCACAUUCUAUGAGUACUAUUCUCGGAGAAGCCCAGAGACAUGUUGAAACAACCAAGGACAAGAAGUCCGGCCUCAGCAACCACGACCCCGGAGCGCCCAGGGCCCAGCCCCUUCCCAAGUCCAGCCUGCCUCCGCCCCCUCCCGUGCGACGGUCCUCGGAAGUCGGCUGCGGCAGCCCAGGGACGCCCCCAAAGGUCAAGGGCGCGGCCGCCGGCUUCCCCACGCCGCCCCACGACCUCCUGCCGCCGCCCCCGCCGCCGCCGCCCUUGGAGGACUACGAGCUUCCUCCGCCGCCCCCCGACUUGAGCGAUGCGCCCCCGGGCUUCGUGCCUCCUCCACCGCCGCCGUCGUUUGCGGGCGACGCGGGGUCCUCGCUGCCGCCGCCCCCGCCCCCGCCCGCCCUCGCCCCCGAAGCCGUAAAGCCGACCCCCGUGGUGGUCAAAAGGCCACCAGCUCCCCCCAAGAGGCAGGCGAACCCGGGACCACCGGGCGGGGGGGGUGGGGAGCAGGAUUUCAUGUCGGAUCUCAUGAAAGCUUUGCAAAAGAAGAGAAGCAACAUGCCCUAA